CCUCGUCUUUCCACCCCGAACUCAUACCACCGACAACACCACUAACAGAGAACCCCGAACGCUGAACGAUGGAGAUCCCCCAGCACGCACCAACCCAGCUGCCCAAGCCCUUCUACGUGCUGAGCCAAGCGCUGAACCUCUCGAACGAGCACCACGCCAAAUGGUGGUAUAGCACCGCUCCGAUGUUCGCUGCCAUGCUGGCGGGGGCGGACUAUGAUGUGCACGCCCAGUACAAGUUCCUCUGUCUGCACCGCGAGGUCAUCAUCCCAGCCUUAGGGCCGUACCCUGAAACAGGGCAGGCGAUGCACUGGAAGAGCCACCUCACACGCUAUGGACUCCCGUUCGAGCUGAGCUUCAACUACUCCAAUUCACGUCUCCGGUUCGCCUUCGAACCCCUCGGGCCCCUGACGGGCACCCCGGAGGAUCCCUUCAACACCCGUGCCAUCCGGCCGGUUCUCCACGACCUCCAGGCGAUGGUCCCCGGGCUGGAUCUGGCCUGGUUUGAGCAUUUCACCCAAGCAUUGGUCGUGUCGGACGAGGAUGCUCACACGCUGCUGGAGAAGGCCCACCACCAAGACCAUCCGAUCCCCGUCUUCAAGACGCAAAACAAACUCGCCGCGGAUCUGGAGCCCUCGGGGGCCCUCGUCCUGAAGACCUACAUUUACCCGCGCAUCAAAUCCCUCGCCACCGGGACGCCCAAGGAGACUCUCAUGUUCGACGCGAUCACGGCCGCCGACACGGAGGGCAGGGUGUCCACUCCCCUGGCAAUCCUCAAGGAAUUCGUCGCAGAGCGCGCACCCACCCUCCUCGGCCAUUUCCUCUCCUGUGACCUGGUGCAGCCCGCCGACUCCCGCAUCAAAGUCUACUUCAUGGAGCGUCAGCUCAGUCUGGCCUCCCUCGAGGGCAUCUGGACGCUGAACGGACGUCGCAACGACCCAGAGACCCUCGAGGGUUUGGACGCGCUGCGGGAGCUGUGGCACCUGCUCCCCGUCACCGAGGGCCUGUGUCCACUGCCGGACUGCUUCUACGAGCCCGGCACCUCGCCGCAGGAGCAGCUCCCCUUCAUCAUCAAUUUCACUCUCCUCCCGAAGAGUCCCCUCCCGGAGCCCCAGAUCUACUUCCCGGCGUUUGGACACAACGACCGAGCCGUCGCGCAGGGACUGGCCACUUUCUUCCAUCGCAGAGGCUGGGGUGGGAUGGCGCAAAGCUAUGUCUCGGAUUUGGCAUCGUACUACCCGGAGGUCGACUGGGAUACGGCAACUCACCUGCAGGCGUGGAUCUCCUUCUCCUACAAGCGGCGGAAACCGUACCUGAGCGUCUACCUCCACACCUUCGAAGCGUUGCGUGCCGCGGCCCAGGAGGCGAGAACGUGGCGUGAGGGACAGAAUGACUAGGAUCUAAUGCUCCUUGCUAGGUGUCUACUGAAUGUGUUGGUCGUUGUUCUGUCAGGUAGUUUGUGUAGCGGUAGGCUAAUUCUAUUCAUGG